AUGGGUGUCAGAAUUCUGUUCCUGGCUGCUGUGGUUCUAAUAUUGUUUCUGCGGAACUCAUCCUCACAAAGCUGUCAUGACCACAACGAUUUUGAGAAGCAGAUGUCGAAAGAGGGGUACUCAAGGUGUCCAUGGGUAAACCAUAUGUAUAUCAAGGGAUUCAAGAAGAAAAGCUCACCCAAUGAUCUGAGAGGUUUCAAGGCAGCAAAAUGCUGUCUGCCCCCUUCAGUUUAUCUAUGGAAGCCUAAUAUUUGUACAUCCGCUGACUGGGAUUUGAGUUUUAGAAAGUGGGUUCCUUUUACUUACAAUAUAGCCAAAGUUAGCCCAAGCUCACUAGGAGAGCCCAGAACAACAGCUAAUUAAUUAUUCAUACGGCAAAAAUUUAAGACGUUGUAUGAAAAUUACCCUAUUUCUCCAUAAUUGAGCGAAAACGUGCAUUAUGUUUACUUGUGUGUUGACCGCGUUUCAGGCCUCUUAGGAUGCCAAGAACCUGAGAACAACACUACCCUACUAAGCUAAUAAAUUAUUCACACAGCGAGAAAAUUAUAAGACGUUGUAUGAGAAAAAUUAUUUGCUCACCAAAUUAACAUGUGCAUUAAUACGAUAUCUCUUCAAAGCUUACCUUUAGGGUUUUCUUGAUUUUCAUUGCGUUCUGACUGCAUUUUAGACCUUCUAGGCACUGUUUAAUGCUUUUUUUUGAGAGACAGUUUUCCACCCAGAUGACAGCAGAGAGAAAAGAAGACUUGACCGGCUCCGCUCUCGGCGGCGAUAAACUGCAUGACAUUAGGGACUUUAAGAUAGUUCACUACGGUCGCCUGUGACGGUUGGCUAGAUGUCAUGUCACGCACAAAAAGGAGGACAUUUUACUGUCGUCCUUCUGGGACGGUAUGUUUUCGCGGGGAUUCUCGUCGUGAAGACAACGGUGAAACCUGUAAGAGUUCAUGCAUACUUAUUGUCACUUGUCUUCAAAAACUGAGUACCCAGUGGGUUAAAUAUGCGUUGGGUUGUGUUUAUAUUGAUUUACCGAUCGGUGAAAUGAAAAAAAUAAACAAAUAAAAAAUAGCGAAAACGUCUGAGUUCAAUUAUGAGGAAUAACUCGUCGCCUGACGACUACUUGUUUUCUACUUAGCGUCAUCCGCCAUGGCAGAGGAAAAAUUGCCGGAAAGAAAGGUGAGAGUGAUGAUUGUAGCCGUCUUUUUUAACGUAAAACUGUAUUUAUAUCACGAAAAGAUUUCUUUAACUCAAAAGGUGUUAGCUCAGGAGAGGAAAGUUCAAAUAAAAACAUCGAUUAGCUUAGAAAACUAGCUAGCUGUAAUUUCUACCCUUACUCUUCUUUCGCCAUUCUUCGUAUAAAAUAAGAAACUCUUUUUCAGUAAUUUAGCCUUCUGCGAAAGAAAUUACAAGGGAGUUUCGCACUUCAUCAAAUGAAACCAUCAUAUACUUCACCGUCCUCUGUUUUGUUUUCCGAAUCUUAAAUUGUAAAUUUCGCGUCUUUUUACCGUCAUGGCCCCAGCCGCCCUUAUACGCAUCCAACCGUCCUAGCCUACCGUAGUGAACUAUCUUAAAUUCCAUCUUGGCAUCCUAAGAGGCCUGAAACGCAGUCAACACACAAAUAAACAUAAGAAAAAUACAAAUGCAAGCUUAAAAGGAAAAUUUAAUGCACGUUUUCUCUCAACUAUGGAGAAAUAGGGUAAUUCUCAUACAACGUCUGACAAUUGUUUCCGUAUGAAUAAUUAAUUAGCUGUUGUUGAGGGCUAGUCUCUCAUAGCAAGCUUGGGUUACCUGUGAUAUAGCUAGUCCACGUUCAUACUUUCAUCCUGCUCAUUAUUUAGCCAUGUAAGAUUUUUUAAGGGAAAGGAUUUGGAGUAAUAACAUCUUCUGUUUUGUCUUUUAACGGCUUGCAAAUAAUUCUUUUGACUAAAUUUAGUUUUAUCGUUGUUAAGUUUAGUUUCUUAACGUUAUAACUAUAUAAGGAGUAUCGUUAGUCUUAUUGUCAAAAUACAUGUAUGAGUACCAAAGUAUACCAGAAAUUGAGGAAAACUUUAUCAAUCAAUCAAUCAAUCAAUCAAUCAAUCAAGAGUGGCAGUUCUGCUAGUGUCUCCGAAAGAAAAAUAAUAAAUAAAACAAAAUAAAAAUAGAAAUAGUACAAUUAAAAUAAAUUUUAUAUAAACACAGGAGCUGAUUACUUGCUCCUGAUAAACAUCAAUUACACACACAUGAUAUAUACAACUAUGUUUCUAAAGUUAAUUGCAAAUAGGCUUAUCGGCCGUUUUCGGUCGUCUUUGAAAUAGCACAUACUUUUGUAAGUUAAGAAAGAUUGAAAUCACCGCCAAAGUGUGGCACAUUUCUUGAUUACACCAUUUUAGUGUUUUCAUACACUGAAUUGGUGUAUCUUUUAAGAAACACUCGGCAAGUGUUAUGAUAACACUAAUUCAGUGUUAAUGUAUAUCACCCUUGGUGUUAAUUUACAACCUCGAAUUUGCUGUGCAGGGGCCACUUUCACGAAAAUCUCUGUAACUUUUUGCGCUCAAAGUCAAAUAUUCAAAUCGGAAUCGAAAGAAUAAACGCACAUUUUGUUUUGUUAACUGACAGUUUAAUCAUACUAUCUUCAUACUAUCCAUUGGAUAAAUCUCUAUUCACUGGAUAACGCAAUUGGUUUUCCUAAUUUAUCCACUGGAUAGUGAUUUAUCGGGUUGACAGCGCUAUCCAUCUUUUGAACAACGGAGGCCAGGGUUUCGAGAUACAGGCCCUAGGCGAGAAUUACGUCAUGUGUAGAUUUAAUUGUUAUUAUUUUUUCUAGGGAAGGAUGGGCUACCUGUCCAUCCGGGCAUUUCCUCCUUGGAUUCCACCGGGGUGGGAGUAACCAAUUGAGGAGUAUUCAGUGGGCCACUUGCUGUAAGCCAGGCGUUCAUCCACACCGCUACAAAGAAUGCUAUGAUCAGAAUGUUGGAAGCGGAGACACCUGGGAAUGCAACAGAAGUUAUUACUAUGUUGUCGGUAUUCACCGAGGCGCAUCCGAGAGUCUGUCUAGUAUCAAUAAACUGAGAUGCUGCAGCAUGUAUAACCGUAUGUAUUACGUGGAAUCUAAUAGAUUUAGCCUGGUCAAAUAGCAGUUGAUAUUUGAUGCAGACUGCUAUUGAUGAGACUGUUAAGGUGGUGAUCAAGGAACUAUCUACAAUUGUAGUUCCCAGGGCUUUUUCUCACACUUCCCAUUAUCUUGGGGGAAAAGCUCUGAGAACGAGUUGGAUCAAGGAAUGGUACUUAGUCAAAUGCAAUGGCCCAACGCAAACUAACCAAGUCAAAUGAUGACCAGAUGACUGCGUUUGGUAUCGCAAAUAAAGUGCCUUUGAAUCUCAGUCAUUAUAACCAGGAGCCAAUUAUCCGGAGCCUCCAUCUCCCAUGUAUGCCCUUAGAGUUAAACCUUUCCGUUUUAAUCUAUUUCUGUUAUUAAAAACUGAAUCAUUGGAUGAUGCAAUUAUAGGGCUCCGAUUGGCUUAGCAAUUAUACCAUGCUCUCCAAAUAUGGUAACUGUACGCGUCUGCUUAAAAUUAAAAACAAGCUGAAAAGCGGUUGUUUUUACAAAAAAUAAUAAAGUCGGAAAGAGUUCUCGAUAUUUUGUGGGCGUUUUUAAUAAAACAAACACCGUCGCGCUUGUUGGAUUGGGAUGAUUAUAGCCAACUCGGCGCGUGCGCCUCGUUGGCUAUCUAACAUCUCAUAUCCAACGCACAUUCGUGGAAUAAUUGUUAAUUAUAACUGAUCAUGGGAUAAUAAACAUUGUACUCGCUUAAGAACUGUCUAACAAUUUUUUCUUUCGCCAACAGAGGUUCUCCCUUUGAAGGGCCUGGAUGACGUCAAAACACGAAUAAUGGAUGUAACUCUAAGUAAGCUUGCUCUUCUGGCUCAUUAUCUCGGGUAUGGCUGGGCUGGUGGCUGCAGAGGACGAGUGGUGGGUGAAGACUUCAUACGAGAUGGGGACAGGUGGAAAGCUGUUUACCGAAGCGGUUGUAGUGGAUACAAGUCAUCGCAAAGACUGAAGAUCGCCUACGAAAACUUUUCCUUCAGAGUCAAGAAAAUGGACUACAUGAAACCUGAAAUUAAGUCAAUUAAGCCCAUCGUGCAGGAUGCCGGAGAGAUAAAGAAUCAAGAUUCCUUGCCAACUACAACGAACGUAAGGCGUCAAAUUAAGAGCGUGCGCACUGUUACACACUCAUCGACGGAAAGGUUUAAGACGACCGUUGGUGCUUCUCUAACGCUUAGUUAUAAGUCCCCAGGGCUGGUUGGAGAUGUCGCUACGGGAACCUUCAAAGGAUCUUUCACCGUGUCUGGUGGAAAAGAAAGUGCGCAGUUAAACACAGACACAAAUGGCGAGAUUAAGUGGGAUAUUGUCACCGUGUCUGAAACACAGACGACUAGUGGCAACGCAGGAACAUCUUACCAGAUUACCACUUCAAAGAAGCAGAUCGACGUACCAUACAAAGCUACAAUACAAGUUCAGUUCACAGCCAGGCUUGAAGGAUUUCUCAGAUGGGGUGGUGGUCCCAAUGGAAAGAAUACAAAUUAUCAUCAAAGGUGGCGAGGCUCCGGCGAUAGACCCACCGUUAACUACAACAUUGGUACAACGGACAAACCAUUCUACAAAUUUCUGAAACAGGCAAGUGAUCGAGGAGACAGUCCUUGGCUUUGGCAUCUGUUAAAACAGAAAAUACCAUACUCGCAAAACGUGCUGAACAGUCUGACCGAUGAAAGCUUGUACGAGUUUGAACUUCAUGGCAAGUUCCGCGAUGUGGCCGGAUUAGAUUUCAAUGUUCAGUGGGAUGACGUGGCUUUAACAAAUUAUACUCUGUCUUUUUGA